GCCGUGCGGGUCUGGCAGCCCCGGCUGGCCCGGGCGGAGCCGUGCGGGUCUGGCAGCCCCGGCUGGCCCGGGCGGGGCCGUGCGGGUCUGGCAGCCCCGGCUGGCCCGGGCGGGGCCGUGCGGGUCUCCCCGCCCCGCGCUGCGCGUCCCGCCCGCACACGGCGGGCACCGCCCCGCGGCGGCGCCGGGGACGCGCCGGGGUCCCGCAGCCCCGGGCCAUGAAGGUGAAGGUGAUCUCCGUGCUGGAGGACAACUACAUGUACCUGGUGAUCGAGGAGAGCACCCGCCACGCCGUGGCCGUGGACGCCACGGUCCCCAAAAGGCUGCUGGAGAUCAUCAGGAAGGAGGACGUGGUGCUCAGGGCCAUCCUCACCACCCACCACCACUGGGACCACGCCAGGGGCAAUGAGGAGCUGGCCCAGCUCUUCCCAGGCCUGUGGGUGUUCGGGGCUGACGAGCGCAUCGGGGCCCUCACGCACAGGGUCACCCACGGCCAGGAGCUCUCGUUUGGGGCCAUCAGGGUGAGGUGCCUCUUCACCCCGUGCCACACCUCGGGCCACAUGUGCUACUUCAUGUGGGAGGACGAUUCCCCGGAUGCUCCGGCGCUUUUCUCAGGUGACACCCUGUUCGUGGGGGGCUGCGGGCAGUUCUUCGAGGGGACGGCAGAGCAGAUGCACACCAACCUCACCCAGAUCCUGGGCACGCUGCCCAAGGACACGAUUUUCUGUGGCCACGAAUGCACCGUCAGAAACCUCAAAUUCGCCUUGAAGGUGGAGCCGGAGAAUGAAGCGGUGAAGGAGAAGCUGGCGUGGGCCAGGCAGCGGGAUGACGAGGACCUGCCCACGGUGCCCUCCACGCUGCACGAGGAGUUCCUGUACAACCCCUUCCUGCGGCUCACGGAGGAGCCCGUGCAGAGGUUCACGGGCAGGACGGAGCCCGUGGAGGUGCUGAGGGUGCUGCGCUCCGAGAGGGACAACUUCAAGAAGCCCAAGGAGAGGCCCAACCCCCAGGCCAUGCUGGCCUUCGACUGGGGGCUCUUCGGGCCCCUCCUGGAGAAGAAGUGACAUCCCUGUGGUGCCAGGGCUCCCUCCUGGCUGUGCCCAGCUCGGAUUCGCUCCCAGCUGGGACUGGAGCUUGUCUUUAACCUGCUUGUGUGAGGCUGCUCUGCUCCGCUCCCCCUGGCUCCUGGCACUCCCUGGGGAGCAGCACCCGGACCCCUUUGGAGUGUCCAGGCUGUGGGACCCUCCCUUGGUGCUGGGACGCUGGCAGAGGGUCAGGACACGGCCUGGAGCAGGGGACGCUCCUGUUUUGGGGUCAGUGCAGGAGCUGCCAGCUGUCCCUCCCAUGGAAGGGAGCCGAGGAAGGGCAGGGAACAGCGGGAAUGCUCAGGGAUGCCCACAGAGCCCCAGGGCUGUGUCCUGCCCCAGGGCUGUGUCCUGCCCAAGGGCUGUGUCCUGCCCAAGGGCUGUGUCCUGGUGGCCUUGGAGCUCCUGGAGCCCUCCUGGCCCUGCCCGCCCUGCUCCAGCCACCCUGGGCCCCUCCCGGGCCGGGGAUGGACGCUUGGAUCCCCACGGGAAACUGGGAAGGCACUGGUGGCACUGGUGGCACCAGUGCCCACCCAGCUCCAGCCCUGUGGAACAAACCCCUAACAAAUCACAGCAGGGCUUGCGUGGGGGUUUCCUCUCUUUUUUCCCAUUUUUCCUGUAGGUCCCACUGGGGCUCCCAGCCCGGCCUUGGGGAGCCCUCAGAAGCCCUUGGGGGGUAUCCGGGCUGUGCCCCAGGAGGGAUUUCCCAAGGUGGGACAGAUUUUAGGCAGCCAAGAACACAGUGCUGCCAGGCAUCCCUUGCUUUGUGCUUUUUCCCAAGAUAAAAACUGGAAAACACUUGGUGCCAACCCCAUGGACAUUGCCUUGUCCUCGAGAGCUGGGGAGCAGCUGGGGCUCCCAGCCUUCACUUUGUGCAAAACCAGGGCUGUGUUUUAUCCCUUUUUAGGUCUGAGAAAGGAGCAGAAUUUUAUUUGCAGCUGUGGGGAGGCACUUUCCACCCGUGAAGUCAUUCCCCCUUUUUUUUUUCUUGUGCAGAAAAUGAGGUUUGAUGGCAGCUCCCAGCACUGGGACAGAGUUGAUUUCAGGGAUUUGCAUGUGUGGACUGUGAACUUCUUUGUUGCCACUGGGGUCUGGUUUGGGGCUUUUUCCUGUGCUACAAACUGGACCAAGGUUUUCUUGGUUUUUUUCCUUUUAUUAAGUUAUAGUUUGGAUUUAUUUCCCUGCAUGGAAAUGGAUUUAUCCAGCUGCAAAACUUCCCUUGGUACCAUGGCCUGAAUUCCUGAGUUUCCAUGAAAUGCUGGAGUUGUGGAUGUCCCCUGCGUGUUCCUUUGGAAUUUUAUUUGUGCUGGGAGCAGGGAGUCUGCUCCACACCUCAAAGCUGGGAGAAAUGCAGAUCUGGGAUCCAAACCUGAUCCUGGGUGUGAGACCUCUGUGUUGGUGGCCUGGGAACUGGGGAAGUGGCAAAGUGCAGAGCCCUGCUUGUUUCAUUUCUUAUUUUAGUUCGUUUCCAGCUAAUUUAGCUUCUCUGAUUGUGCAUUUCUGGGCUGAGGUGCACGUGGAGCCUGCCCACAUUCCCUGGUUCAGCCAAGGCCCUACAUGGAAAAGGGAAUUCACUGGAAGCACCAAUCUGCUCCUCGGGAAGGAGGGGAGGGGCAGCAGGGGGAGCUGGGUGCCUUAGAACACUGUGAGGUCAUUAAUGAUCAGCAACAGCUGAAAAAUGGAAAGCUUUUCAUUAAAAACAUGAAAAUCA